UGCAGGCCCUAUCGACUACAUCAUACUGUACAUGUAGUCCCUGUUCAAGGUACCCACCGGGUUUAGGCGACUGGACCGGACAUAUAAGUACGUCGAGCGCAACAACAGGCCAAGCUCAAUCAACCAGCUCAGCUAUUGCCUCCAUCCAACUCCUUCAACAUGUCUCCCAGCGGAACGACCAUUGUCACCGGUGCCACCGGCGGCAUGGGCAGCGCCAUCGUCUCUCACAUUAUUAGGAGAUCCGACCUGGCGGACACACAAACUGGCAUCUACACUGUCCGCAAGCCAUCCUCCGCCCCAGCCUUGCGCAAGGCGCUCAAGAGUGCCCCUUCAUCACAUGAGCACGACAUUGUGGCGUUGGAUCUCUCAUCGAUGGAGAAGGUGCGCGCGUUCGCCAAGGACAUCAACGAGCGAGUUGCCAGCGGCGCGAUACCACCCAUCAGAGCUCUAAUCCUGAACGCAGGAUAUCAGGAUCACACGGAACUAAACAUGACCUCGGACGGUUAUGAGACGACAUGGCAGGUCAAUUACCUGGCCAACUUCUUGCUCGCCUUGCUGCUCCUACAGAGCAUGGACAAGAAGGAAGGCCGCAUCCUCAUUGUGGGAAGCUGGACGCACGACGUCGACGAUGACCGCAACAAAUCUGGCGGUGAGGAUCCAUACGGCGCGCCUCCCUGGAACAGCCUCUUUCCUGACCUCGACGACCUGGCCCGAGGCAGAUGGAGCAGGCCCCAGGACGACCCGUCAUGGCUGUCUGGUUUCCGUCGAUACGGCGCGAGCAAGCUCUGCGUCGUGAUGCUGCAGCAGGAGUUGGCGCGGCGCGUCGCGCGCGACCCAGCCCUAUCGCACAUUGCGGUCAUGGGGCUGGAUCCGGGCGCCAUGGCCUCCGAUCUGCUGCGACGCGGCAGCUUCUUCUACAAGUGGUUCCUGGCCUGGUUCGUGCUGCCCGUCGCGGGAGCGCUGUCUGUGCGGCUCAGUCCCAAUGGACCCAUAAGGACGACCUGGAAGAGCGCUGGCGAUGCCGUGCGGACCUGUUUCGACAUUGACUCGCCCGUUGGGCAGCCGCUGUACCUCAACGGGACGGACGAGAUGGAGGUCGCCAAGGACGCGCAGGACGAAUCCAAGCGACGCAAGCUGUGGGAUUACAGUCUUCAGGCUGGUGGCAUUCGGGAGGGCGACACAGUGCUGGAGGACUGGAAAUAAUCAAGUCGGGAGGGUGAAAAGAAAUUAUUUCAUUAAUUAAUGAAUUAAUGCAUACCUAGCAUGUGGCGCUGCAAGGAUAUUUCGCCAAGACCC